CGCCCGGCUCCCCGGCCGACGAGCAGCGGAAGUGCCGCGGAGUUGGAGCGGGGCCGGCGCCGCGGCCGCUUGUGCUCGCCGAGCUGCUGCCGCCGCCGGGCGGACUGGCGGACGCGCGGAAACCGAGGCGGCGCGGCGGGGCAGGCGGGGCGCAGCGGGGCUGACCGGCCCCGAUGAGGCGGAAGGAGAAACGGCUCCUGCAGGCGGUGGCGCUGGUGCUGGCGGCCCUGGUCCUGCUGCCCAACGUGGGGCUCUGGGAGCUGUACCGCGAGCGGCAGCCCGACGGCACCCCUGGGGGACCCGGGGCGGCGGCGGCCCCGGCGGCGGGACAGGGCUCACAUAUUCGGCAAAAGAAGAUCUUUUUCCUGGGAGAUGGACAGAAGCUGAAAGACUGGCAUGACAAGGAGGCCAUCAGGAGGGAUGCUCAGCGCGUAGGAAAUGGAGAACAAGGGAGACCUUACCCCAUGACCGACGCCGAGAGAGUGGACCAGGCAUACCGAGAAAAUGGAUUUAACAUCUACGUCAGUGAUAAAAUCUCCCUGAAUCGCUCUCUGCCUGAUAUCCGGCACCCCAACUGCAACAGCAAACGCUACCUGGAGACCCUGCCCAACACCAGCAUCAUCAUCCCCUUCCACAACGAGGGCUGGUCGUCCCUCCUGCGCACCGUACACAGCGUGCUCAACCGCUCACCACCAGAGCUGGUCGCCGAGAUUGUGCUAGUCGAUGACUUCAGCGACCGAGAGCACCUGAAGAAGCCACUUGAAGACUACAUGGCCCUUUUCCCUAGCGUGAGGAUUCUCCGAACCAAGAAACGGGAGGGGCUGAUAAGGACCCGGAUGUUGGGGGCCUCAGUGGCAAUUGGAGAUGUCAUCACAUUCUUGGACUCACACUGUGAGGCUAACGUCAACUGGCUGCCCCCCUUGCUUGACCGCAUCGCUCGGAACCGCAAGACCAUUGUGUGCCCGAUGAUCGACGUGAUUGACCAUGAUGACUUUCGAUAUGAGACACAGGCUGGGGACGCCAUGCGGGGCGCCUUUGACUGGGAGAUGUACUACAAGCGCAUCCCGAUCCCUCCAGAACUGCAAAAGGUUGACCCCAGCGACCCAUUUGAGUCUCCCGUGAUGGCCGGUGGACUGUUCGCCGUGGACCGGAAGUGGUUCUGGGAGCUGGGUGGAUAUGACCCAGGCUUGGAGAUCUGGGGAGGGGAGCAGUAUGAGAUCUCCUUCAAGGUGUGGAUGUGUGGAGGCCGUAUGGAGGACAUCCCCUGCUCCAGGGUGGGCCAUAUCUACAGGAAGUAUGUGCCCUACAAGGUCCCCGCUGGAGUCAGCCUGGCCCGGAACCUUAAGCGAGUGGCGGAAGUGUGGAUGGACGAAUACGCCGAGUACAUCUACCAGCGCCGGCCUGAGUACCGCCACCUCUCCGCGGGCGACGUGGCCGCGCAGAAAAAGCUCCGCAGCUCCCUCAACUGCAAGAGUUUCAAGUGGUUUAUGACCAAGAUCGCCUGGGACCUGCCCAAAUUCUACCCGCCUGUGGAGCCCCCUGCCGCAGCCUGGGGGGAGAUUCGCAAUGUGGGCACCGGGCUAUGUGCAGACACCAAGCACUGGGCCCUGGGCUCGCCUCUGAGGCUGGAGAGCUGCGUCCGGGACCGCGGAGAGGCCGCGUGGAACAGCAUGCAGGUGUUCACCUUCACUUGGCGAGAGGACAUCCGGCCUGGAGACCCCCAGCACACCAAGAAGUUCUGCUUUGACGCCAUCUCCCACACCAGCCCUGUCACCCUCUACGACUGCCACAGCAUGAAGGGCAACCAGCUGUGGAAGUACCGCACAGACAAGACCCUGUACCACCCUGUCAGCGGCAGCUGCAUGGACUGCAGCGAAAGUGACCACAGGAUCUUCAUGAACACGUGCAACCCUGCCUCACUUACCCAGCAGUGGCUGUUUGAACACACCAACUCCACGGUCUUGGAAAAAUUCAAUAGAAACUGAGCCCUCACAUCCCCUUGGCAGGCCCAGCAGGGUCCCCUCGCUGCACCUGCCUCUCCUGAGGCAGGCAGAGCCUCCGUGGGUACCAUGGUGUAUCAGGUGCUGGCCAAACGAUUCAAGGCAAAGAGGGCUUUGGAAGCUGGAGCAAGGGGUCUGCUUGGUCCCUGAGCCCCUCAGUCGUGAGGGCAGGGUGGGGGGCAGCCUCCACAAGAGGCCCCACAGGAAAGCAGAGCCUGCUUUAAUCCCUGCUGGCACCAUGGAAAAGCAGGAGGGCCUGUUUGACUUUGUAACCAUGUCCCCUGGAGCACUGUGCCAGGCAGCCUGAGGCCAUCCAGAAAUAAGGCCUACAGGGUUGCCCAGGCCUCAAGCAGCUCUCAUACACGACGGUGCUUUAGGAAGGCAACAUCUGCCUGUUUGGGGCAGCUUUUAGCACCGAUGUCACCCUUUUGCAGCAAAAGGGAAAGAAGUCCUCCUUGGGGUCCUUCAGUCUCUGCCUGUCUUACAGGGACAGCAGUUACUGAUCAGCAUCUGUUCUGUGUCUCAGCUCCAGGCGAUUGGCUCAAAGGCCAAAUCCAGGGCCCUCAGAGUGCUCCAUGCUGAAUGCCGGCCAGCUACCAGGCAUGGGGUCAGACAAGGGGCCCCAGAAACUCCUUUGCAGCCAUGGACAUACAAGAGGUUCUCCCUCUGCUCUCUGAGUGCUGGAAGUGCUCGUUGUAGUACUUCCCAGGCACAAGCACAGCCGAGCCACCAGCUUUCCGGGGCUGUGAUUCAGAUGGCCGUGGGCCCAUGGGAAAGGACAAGUAGGAGACCUGCCUAGAAAUGCCGGCUGAGGUUCCCCGGUCCCUGCUUCCAUUGCCCUCUCUCCGUGCUGGGCAGCCUCAAGAGAGGAAGGGAGGUGCUUUACCUCACAGAAUCUGGAAGCCUCCAGGAUCAGCUGCGGGCCAGAUGCCUAGCCUCUCACCUUGUCGUGGUUCUGGUUCUCCUAUAGAACUCCUGAGUUUUUAAAGGACCCUAGAGUUCAUUCGCAAACUAGUUGCUAUGUAGGUUUCUGGUGUAGUAGCCUCCAGUAUGGAUUUCCAGAAUGUUAUUACAAAAGCAACCAGAAAGGUAUAAUACAGUCAAGGUAACCCCCAGCCUAGAGGCAUCUGUGAAAUCCAAGGUUGGUGCCAAAGGGAGGAAGCAUGAGGACCUGUGUCCAUCAGCUUCCUCCAGAAGCUUCCAUACAGCAAGGUCCUCAGGCAACACCUGAAGACCUGGAACUUCCCACCAUCGUCACAGCUGCAGUCCUUUGCAGCGGAGAAAAGAACCCUGUGUCCUAUGACCCUAUCUGUUCCCAGCUCCAUGCCAGCCCUUCACAUUGACCUUUUGCUUUAUUAAUUACAUAUCAGACUCCCAAGGGGUUCCUGAACUAAUAGGAAGCAUUUCUGUAACCAACCUGCCACACCCUGAUUCAGAAAUGGAAAUCACGUUCCACAACCCAUGGCUUCUGCCGGUUAGCCCAGAAAGUACUUGAAAUCACUAUUCCAGUUAGAGCCGGAUCUCUUGAUUGCAUCAUUUACCAAUUAAAUAAUACAAAUCUGGGAACAGAGCCACGAACCUGCCUUUGAGAUGCUGGCAAAUCUCAAGGCCGACCAUAAUCGGGGAGAGAGGGGUGGUAAUACCCCACCAAAUUGAACGUUAGGCUGGCAAAGGAUGGCUUCCACUUCUGCCCCCAGCACAGCCCUGCUCUGGACGGCUGUGUCCAGGAGAGGAGGCCGUGUGUUCGUGAGGCUUGCCGGCCGGUUCCUUGUGCCCUUUCCCAAGUGAGUGCCCUGUCUUUACAAGCGGCCCUCUACAGAAAGGGGUCAAAGACGAGGCUGCUUCUGAAAUCUAGGGGAGCAAGAGUGUUGCACUUCGGGGAGAUGAAUUAAGAGUCAUCAUCCGAGAGCAACGCAGCAUCAUUCGAAUAAAAACUGUGCCUUUUAAAAAAGAAAAAAAAUGCAAAUGUACAGCAAAUCCCUAAACUUGAACCAUUUCUUAGUGCCUUGCUAGAAGACGUAAAGGGGCAGGGGUCGGGGAGGGAAGCAUUUUUGGUGGUGUGUGCAGUUCCUGUUGGAUGAAUGUGUUUCUUAACGUCUGAUUUCAAGCGGGAGAUGGUGGCCUGGAGCAAGAGCUGAGGCUGAGACGCCCGCAGGGGGUCCGAGUUGUUCCAUCAGCGCGAGUAGCCCUCCCAGUUAAAGGGCUGCUGGGCAACUCGUUCCUGCUAGGAGGGCCUUGGUGGUCCCUGAGCACAGGCCCUGCAUUACCUCACUGGGCCCUGUUUGGGGGUCGUGUUGCCAUACCCUACCCCAACCCCUAGACAGAGGGAUUGGCUUGUCCCUCUUCAUUGGGAUUCAGGAGUGCAGAGCAUUGGCUAGAUUCCCCAGUGGUCCCCUUCGUGGGUGGAAGGGGUCUGGCAAGACCAGGGUUCCUGUGGGAUGCAGCCUCCCUUUUUCCUCUCCUUCAGUUCCCCCUUCCCAGGCCGACCUCACAUCCUCAAUGGGGAUGGGCGAGUCCUCUGAGCACCCUGGCAUUUGUCAUGGCUGAGCCCACCACAGUGGGUCCUGGGAGCUGACUAUGUAAUGUGGAAAGGAAAGACAGAAUUUUCUCAGUUCAGUGACAAUGACCAGCUAAUUUCCAGUGCUAACCCACUUGUUGUUUAGGACUCAUUUUUGAAAACCGCUUGUGUUGAGGGUUCAGGUGUCUGCUCACAUCCCCAGCUGAGGCUCAGCAAAACUCAGCCAGGAGCCUGUGGAGACAUUGUCAGCCAAGUCAUGGCUGGGAAAGUGGGCCUUGUAUCCUCACCUGAGGACCAGCUCACAAGCGAGGGGAUGGCAACAAAGUGCCCUGGCCGUGUGGCCUACCAGCCGUCCUUCCAAAGGAAGACUUCAGAAACAUUUCGGAAUGCAAACAACACCUUGGCUGUAAGUACAAGGCCUUUAGUGGCAGUUGAAUCUGUAGGCCCAUGUGUGAAAGCCAUUCCAUCACGUGCCCUUCCCUGGAUCCUUCACCUCUGAAAACAUCCUAGGAACUUCCCUUUAGGAAGAAAUCACCCAGAACCAGAUAGGGUGCAGAGGAAGAGUGUAGGGCUGUGACAUUAGGGCCAGGGAGGAAAGAGCAGUUUGGGUUGAAGAUGCAGCAUGUGGAUAUCCAAGCCCACAUUCCCAUGCCCUUUUCGAACUUCCUACUGGUCAAAUUCCUUUUUCUCCUUAAAAAUUAAGUGACAUCCUCAAAAAUGGCUCCACACAUUUCUUUCUGUGCAUCUCAUCUUCCUAGUCUCUGGAGUCUGAAAAAAGUGGCCGAGCCCUUUCCAGUAAUAACUGAGAAGUCCAGAUUCCUUGCUUCAGCGACACCUCAUUUGUACGGAUUGGGUGAUCUUUUCUACUUCCUAGGAGGCAGUGCAUUUUUAAUGUUUUCUGAAUAUAAGUGUGGGAAAAAGGGCAAGAAGUGCAAUUCUGUUCUGGAAUUCUUUUCUGCUUUCAAAUGAUGGUCUAAAAAAUAUUUUAGCUUAAGCUUGAUCUUGAGCCAAGGCUCACAGCCACCUCUGGGGUGAGAGUUGGGCCUGCGUACUAAGUGACAAGGUCAUCCUAACAUCCCCUUCCUAAAUGGCUUUCAUUCGUUUGUGCCUGACAACAGGGCUGGGCCCUGCUCUGUUACUGGCUUGGAGAGUGGGUUCCCCAAGGGGUUGCAGGCGGAAUAUAUGGGCUUCCAUAGAGAAGUCAGACUGAGACUCUGUAGAGAAAGUGCAAGACCACCAACCUCUCUCCUCCUGCCUGGAAAAGUGAGCCUUUGUGAAGAACUGACGUACCAUGUACAGUUGUGACUGUGAUUAUUGUUGAGUAAACCUCCAGACUUUGUCUAAA